CGUCAAUCCCGAGGAGCCGUCUUCCGGUGCGGACGGAAGACCUCUGCGGGUUGUGUGCGUUGCCCAAUCAGGAGCGCCGGUGGGCUGAGCGAAGGCGCCUCCCGCACCAUCUUUCUCCCUGGCGCCUCCAUCCAUCCUCGCCGCUGUGGGCUGUGUGCGUCCCAAGCCAGGGCUGUGGCCGAGCCUCGGGGCCGCGUGAACGCUAGCCCAGGAGCCUCCGUGGGGCUGCAGCAGACAUGGAGUCAGUGACCUUUGAGGAUGUGGCUGUGAAGUUCACCCUGGAGGAGUGGACUUUGCUGAAUCCUUUACAGAAAAAUCUCUACAGAACUGUGAUGAGAGAAACCAUCAGGAACCUGCAUGCUAUAGGACAGAAAUUGGGAGAACAGAACACUGAAAAUGAGUACAAGAAUCCUGGAGGAAAUCUGAGAUGUCAAGUGGUAGAGAGGCUCUGUGACUAUGAAGGUAGUCAUUGGGAAGAAAUCUUUAAAGAGAUUCCAGAUCCUGUGGUGAACCAAAAAACUGGAGAAAAGCCAUGUGAAAGCCCUGAGUAUGAAGACUUCAUUGGUCCUUCAUCCCUAAAUGUGUCCCACAGAUAUCAGAAUAGAUGCAUAACUCAUAUGUAUAAAGAACAUGGUGGGAGGCCAUAUAAAUGUAAGGAAUGUGGGGAGGCUUUCUGUUCUCCCCAAAGCUUUCGGAAGCAUGAACAAAUUCAUAUGAGAGAGAAAUCCUAUGUCUGUAAACAGUGUGAUAAAGCCUUUAGCAAUCUCAGUGCUCUUCAGAAUCAUAAAAGGAUUCACACUAGAGAGAGAAAGCAUGAAUGUAAACAAUGUGGGAAAUCUUUUAAGAGACACAGUGAUGUUCAAGUACACGAGAGAAGUCACACUGGAGAGAAACCCUAUGUAUGUAAGCAUUGUGGGAAAGCCUUCACUCAAUCCAGAUACCUUCAAAUACAUGAAAGAAGUCACACAGGAGAGAAACCCUUCGUGUGUAAGCAAUGUGGGAAAGCCUUCACUUGUUCCAGCAACCUUCAAAUACAUAAAAGAAGUCACACAGGAGAAAAACCCUAUGUAUGUAAGCAUUGUGGGAAAGCCUUCGCUCAAUCCAGUUACCUUCACAUACAUCAAAGAAGUCACACUGGAGAGAAACCUUACUCAUGUAAGCAGUGUGGGAAAUCCUUCACUUUUUCUAAUUCCCUUCAAAGUCAUGUUGUAAUCCACACAGGAGAAAAACCCCAUAUAUGUAAGCAUUGUGGAAAAGCCUUCGCUCAAUCCAGUUACCUUUACAUACAUCAAAGAAGUCACAGUGGAGAAAAACCUUACUCAUGUAAGCAGUGUGGGAAAUCCUUCACUUUUCCUAGUUCCCUUCGUAGUCAUGAAGUAGUACACACAGGAGAAAAACCCUAUGUUUGUAAGCAUUGUGGGAAAACCUUUGGUCGUUACAGUAGCUUUCACAAACAUGAGAAGACUCAUAGUGAAAAAUAAACUGUUAGAAUAAUAAAUGUGAUUUCCACACUUCA